CCAAAAAAAUAGUCCCAUAAUCUACCAUGGCUCUCACUCCCUUUCAUCUCCCCAUCAUUCUCAGUCUCAUUCUCAGUGAUUAUGUGCUCUGCCCAGUGUUUACAUUACGACUUGAAGAUGGCACUCCAGAGGAAAAAAUGGUCAUGUACAAUGCAAUCAAAUCAGGACCGUUGGAUGAUUCACUAGAGAUUUCACCGAAUGAGAUCGUAUUCGGACCGUGCGACAAGCCAGCAGAGCACCCCACACAGAUCAUAAACUGUAUCUAUGCAUGUGUGGGGCAUCAAAUAGUGUACUGCUGUACCACCAUUGGCCACUGUUUCCGUGACAAGGAAAUGUGUAUUGAUAAUUGCCCUUAGGAGGCAUGUUCCUCUAUCUCUAUCGUUUCCAUAUUGAGCGAGAUAAUAAUAAAUA